AGCACGCACUCUCUCUUUCCCCUCUCUUUCGCUCCCUCCUUCUUUCUCUCCCUGCCAUUGCUCCAGCAGCUCUCUGGAUCUCUCUGCAGAGCAGCAGACCUCCGUCUCUCCAGUCCAGCUGCUUCCCGGCCCCCACCCCUGGACACUGUCUCCCCUCUUCAUCUCUCGGGACUCCCUGGGUCAGCAUGGCAGAGCGCACCAUUCCCCACGCCUACCCAAUGAGCGUGGACUAUGAGAUGAGCACCCCCUGCCGCAUCUACGACCAGAACUUUGCAGAAGCCCUCUCCCCCCAGGACAUCCUUGCGCCCACGCUAUUCCACGGCUACUACAUCCGCCCGCGCAUCAACAAGCAGCUGGAGAGGGGCUUCUCGCAGGUGGACAACGAGGACGACUGGUACCGCGUCCAGCUGGACGUCUGCCAGUUCAUGCCGGACGAGCUGAGCGUGCGCACCGUGGACAACCUGCUGGAGGUGAGCGGGCGACACGCCCAGCGGAUCGACCAGCACGGCUUCGUCAGCCGGGAGUUCACGCGCACCUACAUCCUCCCGCUGGGCGUGGACCCGCUCCUGGUGCAGGUCUCCCUCUCGCACGACAGCAUCCUCCGCAUACAGGCCCCGCGCAAGAGCGACGACCUGGAGCCCGCCAUCAACCAGCUGAAGAUCAACGUGGACAAGAAAGGAGCCAAAAGCUCCUGAGGAGCACGGUGGGGACAGCGAGUCAUAAACACCAGGCUUUGCAUUAUUGCUGAGAUUUAGAGACUGGAGUGAUGCAAUUGGGGGGUUUUUUGUCAAUUUGUUUUUUAAAGUACACAUUGGCCCUAGUUCCUAAAUAAUAGUUAUUUGGAGCGUACUUGGGCUUCAAUACAGAAGGUUUUGGUAUUGAACCCCACAGAAGGAAUUAUUAUAUUGAAAUCAAACCGCAAACCAGUCAUUAUUACUGCGCCCUCUGGGAACUGUGUAUGAACAAUGUGCCAAUAAAUAUUUUGUCAUGUAAAGAAA